UCGUCAACCACGUUCUCACCGUCCUACGCAGUUGGAGCCCCGGUUGGUUAGUCCCUGGAUCUUUACGGUCUUUGCGCCGGGCCCAGCGGAGGGGGUUGGGUUAGGAGUAACACAGCAAGCCGGGGUUGGGUUACGAAUUUCGGACCGAGCGUUGAUUGGAUGGAGGUCGAUUUAUCACCAUGUGCAGGAGGAGCUCGAGGAGCGCUUAUCAGAGACCUCUUCGUUCAUUUCUGGAAACUUAACCUUGGGUCGGCACACCAAGGUUACGGUAUACGUGCAGUAUGUACAGCCAUGAGCGGUGUAACCCGAGGGCUAAACUGGGGCCUUGGAGCCACUUGCCUUCUUUGUGACCCGAUUAAGUGCGAUUAGGUGACACAUUGUUGUAUGCAUGAAAAAAGGAAGUACAGUGAAGUGAACGACUUUCUCGCUAUUCUUUCGGUUGGUAUUUGUGUACAAAAGAAUAUGCUGGUGCAAUUGUUAUUGCGUUUGGUAUGUUAUGAUACCACAUGUAGAAAAUCACUUAUUCCCUUUCGGAACCUGGCCCAUGUUACCAUCCGUACAGUACACAACUUGGUGGGGUUUCCCCAAUACUUUG